AUGUCUUCUAGAAGAAAUAUUCUAGAUGAUACUGAUGAAGAAUAUGGUAUCGAUGAUGCUUCUGAACGGUCUUACGCAGGUAGUAGUCCUGAUGAAGAGAUGAGUGAUAUUACUUUUGAAAGAGAUGAUGAUGCCCAACGAGAUAUUGCUAUAGAGAAUCGUAGAAUUGCUAAAAGGUUAUUCCACUCAGACUCCGAAGAGUCUGAUGAGGAACCAGUGAAUGAGAAUCCAAUGCCUAAGAGGAAAGAGGUAAGGUUUAGUCAAGUUAGAGUGGAAAGCCAAGAUGAUAUUGAUGAUGAGGUACGUCCCUGGGAGUUUAAAGAAGUCAUUCGAAGGGAAUUUCAACAAAAAUUACCCAAUAAUUAUCAAAUUAAGAAUUGGAAGAGACCUACCGUUGCAAUGACUGAUUCAAUAAUUGAAUUAUUAGAUAUAAAUUUUAGAUCUGCACAAGAGAGUGUGUUUGAAAAGUAUAGAACUGAUCUAGAAAGACUAAUGAAUCGUAAUGAAAGGGAAAUCAAACAAGUCUAUCUACAAAAGGAAGAUGUUAUGAAUGAUAUUAUAGCAAAAAUAAAACAAAAAUUAAGAAAAUCUAAAUUCCCAGCUAGACUGGCAGACCAUGAUUUAGAUAUAGAGUACAUUUUUGCUAAAAGGAAAUUUAUCCAAAAUAGAUAUACACAGGAAUUAACAAACGCAGAGAUGAUUGAAAUAGAAUUGGUCAAAGAGGAAAAAGAAUUACAAGAUGCAAAGGAUUUAUUGGUUAACCUAAGGAGAAGUAACCACAAGAUGUUAAAAGAAAGACUGAUACAGAAUGACUUACACCCCAGUUUAAACAAGGCAAUCACAAAUGCAUAUGGUCUUCUAGACAAUAAUGACGAAGUAUCUUCAAACAAUACAGAAAUGCAUAGCAAAGAAAUAAAAGAGUUGAAUAUGAAUAUCAACACAAACAAUACUAAUAUAUUGCAUAAAAAUCUAUCAUCGAAUAUUGAAUUGGAAACAGUAUCGUUGUAUUUACCGUCAUUGACAGAUUAUAAAGAUACGAAACAGGAAUUAUACAAAAAUAUUGAACAAUUCCUAGAUAAAACUCAUUCCAAAGAGAUAGGCAAUCUAAUGAAAUGA